GAGCAUUAGAACAAACAGCCUAGCAUGGAAGGCAUUGCUUCACAACAACAACCUAGUAGGCCAAGAAUCAUGGCUUCUUUUGAAUCCUUCACCAGUGCAUAGUUGCAACUUUGCAUAUGCGGAUAAAAAUUAAGGUCAUCUGAGUAAAUUACUACAGCAUUAGGAACAUAAACCUAGUCUAGGUUGUCUGAAACUCUGUUUACCAGCUGUUGACAUCGCAUAUAUGAGGAAAGAAGAAGAAGAGUAAAAUUCUGCCAACAGUUGUGUUGCGCCAAGAACAGAGAAUUCCUCUGCGACUGCACUUGUUGCCCCAUUGCAAUGAAACCCAUGUAAAACGAAUACUUUCCCUUUCAAUCGGGUGAAUCUGAUUUGCCUAGCUGUGCGACAUAGAAGGAGAACUCCCCUGAGGAUACUACAAUCAACCAAGACCUGCUGAAAUAGAGAAACAAAAUCACAUAUGGGAUAAAGAAAUAACAUAUGAAAGACAGAGAAUAUAUAUAAACAAAGUACCUAGGUGACACGCUAAAACACAACACCUAACAAUGGCCAAGUGUAACCAAUGAAAGGGACUGCAGUAUAGUGGCACAAGUAAUAAAUAUCAAAUCCACGGGUCUCUAGAGUUACUAUUACUCAGCUUCAGUUCAUUAUCUAGCAAACUAGAUUAAGGAUUGAUUUAUAAACUACUCUACUGACUACUCUACUAAUUACAAGUUGGGAACUCACUUAGGUAUGAUUCCCCCUAGCUCCUCAAUUAGGUCCAAGUUGCAAUUACCUUUGGUUGAUCUACUGUUGAUUAAACUGCGGAAGAUCCUAAAUUAGUUUAGAAUCUCUUAAGCUGACCAAGCCCUCUCAGUCCAACUACCCGGCAAACGACUAGUCUUCACCAGGAUAGAAAGCUGAGGCUAUGAACACAGAACUCCACUACUGGAAUGAAUUCCAGUACAAAGCAGUGAAUUGAUUGACUCUCGCACAACCAAUUCACCACUAUCAAUCAAGGAGCUCUCUUAACCUAAUCAGAUUCUAUCUAUCAUAGGUUAAAGCAGAAAUCAAGAGAAUUUGAUCAAGAUUCAAUUGACUUAAUAAAUCAUGCCUCAAUCGAUUAUAAUCAAACAAUAUAGCAUCCAAAACUUCAUACAAGAAAGAUCCUAACACAUGGGACUAGGGUUCCUCAAAACCUAAGUGAAGGGAAGUUACUCCAUAAAGAAGAGAGAGACUGCAGAAUUCUGAUCUAAAUCUUCAAUCUCCAUCUCCAAGCUUGAUUCCCGAGCUCCAAUGGCGAAGAAAUCCUCCAAAAUAGCUCCAAGAAUGUUCCCAAGUCGCUCUCUCUCUCUAGGGUUCGUCCCUUGGGUGUUUGGGAACCAAAAACCCAGCUCUCCCCUUUCCUUUUGCUCAAAAUCGGGUUAUAAACAGAAAUUCCCGAUCACGCAGCCAAGCCACACGGCCGUGUGGCUUUCCCAGCUGCCCGUGUGAAGGCUCGGUGAUUUCCACACGGCCAUGACCCACAUGGCCGUGUGGAGUUCCAGGAUACCCGUGUAGCUUACCCAGCCUCUAUUUAAUGCUUCAUUUCUCCCUCGUCCGGACUCCAAAUCAGUCGUCGUUUGAUCCCAGACGCUCGUAGUCUCGUCCUCUUUAUUUUCAUGACAAGAUUCCACGAUUAUUUGUCCAUAAUAUGAUGUAGAAGUCCUUUAUUCCUCAGGUCAUGCUCGUGUUUCUUCUCCCGAAUUGUCAAAUGAUCUCCGAUUGACUUGAAACUUGCGCUAAUGCUUCAAUUUACAUGCUAGGACCUGAAAUGUGACAAAGGAACACAACCUAGCGUAAAAUAGUCCAAGAAAGCAGAAACUCAAGCCAAAAUGAUCAAGAAACGAGGGUGCAAACAUGUGCAAAUCUGAUGUUAUCAAAUUCCCCCACACUUAACCGUUUGCUUGUCCCCAAGCAAACCUAACUCAAACCAAUGCAGCUCUCCAGACCUCUAUAGCAACAAACAACCCCGAUCGUCGGUAGAGGAUUUCCUAGAUCAUAUAGCAGCUUACGAGGUCAACUGGUCUUCUAAGACGUCCCCAAUCUCUCUCAAUGCGAGUACUAGACUCAAGCUAGGAUCAUGAGAAGAAGUGGAAGUAAGACAACCAGUUCAUGGAAAAAGGGACUCACACCAUUCACAACCAAGGACUCGUUAUGCCGGGGUGCUCUUUCACUUCAUUUCACCGUUGGAACCCCUUUUUGCACUUUCAUUUACAUUUCUUUUUCUCUUUUUUUCUUCAUUCACUUGGCGGGGGUUCCAACUGCAGUCUUUUGCACGGUCGACCCUUAUUAGUCGAGCAAGAGCAAUUUCUGUACAUCUGGCGCUCGCCAGAGUAUUUCUUUUAACUCUUUUUCCUCAACUCGUGUGGAGGGUCAAUGAAAUUAAGGGGGGUCGGAAGCUCUAUCCGUGCCCUUAAAAACACAUCCUCAUGUAGGCAAACCGUUCAACGGGUGGAAGUUUACUUGUACUAGAGACAGCUUAGCUUCACCUUGUAGGAGUACCCCACUAAGAAUCACUAAAAUCUCUUCCAAAACCCAAUUUUGUGCAAUGAACGGUGCUGCACACAACGGCUUACCCUAUGUUUAAGAUUUAUUGAUUUUGACAUGGAGGACCAAUUGCUUCCCAUUUUCCAUAUGAGCACCCUGUUCGAUACACGAGUCCAUAACACAAUCCAAACAGUGUCACCAUUACCACAUGAAUUCAACGGUCUUAGGUCCACUAAUUCACAAAAUCAACCUGCACAGCAGAGAGCUAGAUAGGAAAUAUCUUAUACUUCAACAUCCUCUAUAGUGCUACACUACCUCCCUAGGUUGCAAAUUACUAUAGAGACUGUCAAUUCAAAGCAUACUGAGCAGGCAAUUUGCAUGGAAACAUUUACUUGGAGCCCUCAAAUCGAAAUUUGGACAGUGGACUAGGCUCGAAGCACACUAGGUUCAAACUCAGCGGCGAUUGAAAAUCACUGGUUCAAACACAGUGGAGAAAAGAAGAUUUUUUAAGGUAUUUUUAUCGUUAGUUGCUAGAAAAAAAAGAAGAAAAAAAACUAUUUUGAUUUUCAUUUCUUUUGUUUUGAACAACAAAAAGAGAGAAAAAAAUUGUUUUCUUUUUCAUUAGUUUGCGUGAGUUGGUAGGGAAAAAAAGAGAGGGUUUUUUUAUUUAUUUUUGUUCACGUGAGAAAAAAAAAGAGUUUUGUUUUUUUUAUGUGUACUGUUCACGUGAAAAAAAUAAUUGUCUUACAGCCACAAAGCUGUACGUGUGGGAAGGAAAAAAAAUUUGUUUUUGUUUUUGUUAGCUCUUGAAAGGCAUCAACGGAGCAAAAUCAACGAUUCACGGAGAUGAUGAAGCAAAUGCUCAAGACGACGGAAGUUAUUCUUCAAGGGUUAAAGGGGAAUAAUGCGCCAGCAACAAUAAUCCAACCUGAAGCUCAUUUGACGAUAGGGAGUCCAAAUUCAAAGCAAGAGCUCGAGCAAAGGGAGAAUAAAUUUCAAACGAGAUGCUUAGCGAAUGGUAAACUACUAUCGGUUUCGAUUGAUGGAAAGAGUUGCACUAAUUUGGUGAGUGAAUAUUCGGUGAAGAAAUUGGGGUUAAAUGAAGAUGAAUCAAUUGAGGUCACCAAGCAAGCCAUAUUGAAGUUUGAGAUUGGACGCUAUAAAGAUGAAGUCCUUUGUGAUGUGGUGCCAAUGGAAGAGGCUCAUGUUUUGCUUGGAAGACCAUGGCAGUUUGAUAGAAAUGGACAACAAGAUGAAGUCACCAAGAAGUACAAGUGGUCGCGUAGAGGUCAGAAGUUCCUAUUAAAACCUUUAUCUCCCAAAGAAAUCUAUGAGGAUCAACUUCAAAUGCAACAGAAUUUGAAGAAGGAGAAAGAGUUUCAAGCCAAAGUAGAAGAGGAAGUAAAAGAAGACGUGGAAGCGAAAGAAGAGGUUCUUGUUGAUGGACUUACUAUAGUCACUUGUGAAGAGGAUUCACAAGCUUUAAUUUCAUCGCAAGAAGAACCAAAACUUGAAAUAGAAGAAUUACAAGAGGCAGAAGAGGUGAAAGAAGAUGUUCUUGUUGAUGUGUCAGUGUUGAGUGCACCUGGAGUUGAGCAAUACAUUAAGGAACCAGAUUUUGAUCGAGGAGAUGAGUGCUUGGAAAUUAUGGAGGAUUUACCAAUACUUUCCAAAGUUAUUCAUAUUGAUUAUGUGAUUGGUGAUGCAAUCUUAGAAGAGGCAGCCCGCCGGGAGAAUCGACAAGAAAUUCAGCGCUACGUAAAGAGCUUUCAUUACAAUGGUGUCUCUAUAAUUCAUGGACGAAUUGUUCUUAAGAAGGAGGGAAUAAUACGAUCCUCAAUACAAUUUUGUUGGAAGAGCAAGAUGAGUGGUGCUGGUCGUGGUUCAAAGUUCUAUAAAGAUUUGAGGUCGAAUCUUCUUCAAGAGAGAGGGAAUGAUGCGAUAUCGACUAGCACAAUAUUAAAUUCCCGUGGUCCAAAAAUGAAGAUUCAGAUUCGACGAUAUAAGAAUCAAUUGGGAGCAUGCUUAAUGGAUAAAUGGCGUUGCGUGGGUAUAAAGUGGCGUUCUGCAUGCAUUCGAGUUUUCAUGAGACAAUUAGCACAUGGAUUAUUUAUUAGUUCAUGUGGCUUAAUUAUUCCAAUUCAAAUCUGGAAGUACAUGGCAAAGCAUGGGUUUGUUUCAUUAAUUAGUUAUUGUGGUUAUUUGAAUUUGGAAGGAAAAAGACACAAUAACAAAACCCAUCUGGCGUGCCUCCCAUGUGAUGCAAUUCGUGAAGGAGGUGGCCAAUUCCGCAACGGAGAAGGAUUCCGCAACCGCUACAGAAGGAAGGAGGACGCGCGCCAGCAGUAGCGUCGGCAUUGUUUUGAAGUUAAUUGUUUAUUAUUAAUUAUAGUUAGUUUAGGAUUUGUUUUCCUAUUCCUUUUAGAUUAGUUUUAUGUUUUGAGACCUCUAUAAAUAGAGGGUGUAAGAUCUACGGAUUUUGUACCCAAUAUUCAAGUUAUCAAUCAAAGUUGAGUUCUAGUUCAUUGUGAACGAGUUCUUUGUGCAAGCUUCUGUCGAGAGUCUCCAGGAGUUUCACGUGUCUCUUAUCAACUGAAGAACGCGUUUAGUUGUGGCGAGCAUCUACCAAAUAGCGAUUGGCCUUAUUCACGAGUGAGUGAUUGUUUGAUUGGUUUCAUAUACCAAUUGGCCUUUCACACGAGUUGGAAUCUGUUUGAUCGUGUUCCAUCAUUAUCUUUUGUUCGAGUUCUUGUUCGUUGGAGAAAAGCUUCGAAAACCCAUAAAAAGUAGGAAAGCUUCGUACUUUGGUCACAUCACAAAUAGAAAUAUAUAUUGCUUUGUGUAAUUGCUAAUUUUAUUUAUGCUAUUUACGAAAUAUGUCAGCCCAACGGGCGAGCCCCAAUCUAGUAUAUAUGUCCCUAGUAAAGAUGAGUUAUGAUGAUUAUUGUUUUUUUAGUAGCCACCAUGGCUACCUUCAUCUCCUUCCUUCACUCUCAUCAUUUUUUAACUGAUUGUCAUGAUUGAUUAGAGAUAGUUUUGGAAAUAUAAUAAUAAUUACACAUGAUUGCAUUACUUAAUAUUUGGCUUUCCAUAUAUGCACCCGAAAUUCUAAAUAAUUCUUUCUCAAUCCUACAAUUCAUCCGUCUCCCUCCCUCCCUGGCGAUGAGGUGUCAUCUUACUCCCCAUGUCCUAGUAUUUUUAUGUUUUGGUAUUGAUUUUGUAUUUAUUUCUAUAAUGGUAUUAGUAUUUUUUUUUUGAAAUGGUAGUUUUUGUUUAAUGGAUUAGUAUUGACUUGUUUAUUUGAGAAACAAAAGAUAGAGAAGUGGUUGGAGAUAUGUGAAAGUGAGAGAGGGACUGAGAAAAUUUUAAUAAAUAUAUUUUUAUAACUUUC